GCGAGGGAUUUGAGAAGAAGAAGAAAAAUCGACCGCACAGACCGGGCCACAUCCUCAGGAUGGGCCGCAUCGACCGGCUCACGAAUGGCGUGGUGAUCGGCACGGUGACCACGGCGGUGGUGAUCAUCCUGGUGAUCUUCAUCGCCACCGAAAGGCGCGUGUUCAUCCAGCACCAAUUAUUUCCGCUGGCCGCGGGCGAGCCCGGGCCGCCGCCGCCGCCCGAGGACGUGUUGCCGCCGCAGCCGUGGUCCCUGAUCGAUCGCCAGGCCUACCUGAGCCACAGCAUCGUGGCGCCGUCCGCGGGGAAUCGCCACCACACGCGCCGCCUGCCUCGACACCUGGUGCCCGUCCACUACGCGCUCGAGUUGCAGCCCCAGUUGGAGGGAAAGCCCAAGCAGGUGGACACCUUCCGCGGACACGUCGACAUACGCUUCAACUGCAUUGAAGAAACGCAGGUCAUCACUCUGCACGCAUCGUCUGAGCUGGAGCUGUCGUUAAGCAGCCACAAGGGCCUCGGCGUGACGGUGCGUCACUACGAGCCUCCCUUCAUCAAAGUGAAGACCAACCACUUGACGCUGGAGCCGGAAGAGGAGUUUCUCCACAUCCAGCUGGCCGAAAAGUUGCGCGCUAACGAGUCCUAUACAGUGAGCAUCGCUUUCAGAGGGAAACUGGGCACCGACAGAGGAUUCUACAAGUAUCACUACCGCGUCAAUGGAACACUCAAGCACCUGCUGCUAACCUUCUUCGAGCCAACAUUCGCACGAAGAGCCUUUCCGUGUUUCGACGAGCCAGACUUCAAGGCCACCUUCUCUGUGACCAUCGUGAGACCGGAAGGCUACACUGCACUGUCUACUAUGCCAGUUCAAAAGCAGGAGGAAAGAUCACACGGCUUUGUGGCGGACACGUUCGCGCCAACCAUGCCCAUGUCCACGUACACUCUGGCCUUCGCGGUCCUCAACUUCUCGUCCCAGAGCAAUGGAAACGUCACCAUAUGGUCCCUGACCGACAGGUCUCCAUACCUGCAGUACGCUCUAGACGUGGCUCCAAAACUACUAAAAUUUUACGAAGACCUGCUGGGCGUCGCUUAUCCGCUACCAAAGAUGGACAUGAUCUCGCUGCCGUCGUUCUUGGCGGACGCCAUGGAGAACUGGGGCCUGCUCACCUUCCACGAGCAGUGCCUCCUGUACGACGAGCGGUCGACGCCGUACAAGAAGCCACUCAUCGCAGGCCUGAUAGCACAUGAGAUUGCGCACCAGUGGUUCGGCAACCUGGUCACAAUGAACUGGUGGAGCGAUCUGUGGCUAAACGAGGGCUUUGCCACCUACAUGCAGUACACCGGAGCCGAUUACAUCCAAAAGCAAUGGCGAAUGAUGGACCUGUUUGUCGUUAACGAGAUGCAACCUAUCUUGAGAGCCGAAUCCACCGUGACGGCACAUCCAGUGUCGGUGACAUCAAAUUCGACGCAUCAUUUGGAUGCGCUGUUUGACAGAAUUGUCUACAGCAAGGCAUCAAGUGUUAUUCGGAUGAUGGUACAUUUCCUGACACCGGAAGUAUUCAUCCGCGGUCUCAAGUCCUAUCUCAGAAAAUACAGGUUCAAGAACGUCAAGCAAGAAGACCUCUUUCGUGAACUCGGCGCAGCUCAAGAUGGUGAGCCCAAGGUGAAUGUGAAGCGAGUUAUGAGGUCUUGGGUGAAGACGCCCGGCUACCCUCUGCUGACGGCCACCCGGAACUACACCACGGGCACAGUGGCUGUCAAGCAAGAAGCCUACGCACCGGCAGAGAACACUCACAAUGACACGAGAACCACCUGGAACAUUCCAAUCACGUACACGAGCAUGUCAGAGAAAAACUUUGACAGGAAUGGCAAGAUCGAAUGGCUCAACAAGCGAGAAGGGAAACUCAAGAGGAAAGUUGGAGGAGGCAACAAGUGGUUGAUCGUCAAUAUCCAGCGCAUAGGCUACUACCGGGUCAACUACGAUGUCUUCAACUGGAGACUCCUGCAGUCUCAGCUACGGGACAGCCCCGAGGCAAUACACGUCUUGAAUCGGGCACAGCUCAUUGAUGAUGCCUUGGAUCUUGCAAAGAACGGUCACCUGCCUUACGAAGUCGCCUUGGAGUUCCUGGACCUGGUUCGGCCAGAAGACGACUACAUGCCCUGGAAAUCGGCUCUGGAUGCCAUGCAUGAUCUUGAUUUCUUGAUCAGGAAGACCAAAUACUACAGGAAGUAUCAGGUCUUCGUGCGGUUCAUUCUGGAGCGGAAGUUCGAGGCCUUCAUAAAAGAAAAGAGGAGCAACCUGACGAUUGCUGAGGACCUGCUUCGUAAAGCCGUCAUCAUGAACUCGUGUUACUUCGAGAACGAAGCAUGUUUGGCAUUCUCAACGAACAAGUUCCGAACCUUCCUGAAUGACUCUUCGAAGAUACAAAAGGCCCUUCGCAAGAAUCCGUGGCGUACCAUGGUGGUGCUGUGCCAAGGCGUGCGCCUGGACAAUGGCAGCCACUGGCAGUUUGUCCUGGACCACCUGGACGAGGCAGCUCCGGACGACAGCAAGCGCGCCGCCGUCAGGGCACUCGGAUGUGCCAAAAACCAAACCCGGCUAAACGAACUUCUGCACCACACCAUGGACAAGACCGAGUUUCCUGGCAAGAUGGAGUACAUAUUCGAGAGCCUCAUGGAGACGCCGGUGGGCGAGGAGCUUGCUUCGGACUUCCUCAUGAAGAACCUGAAGAAGCUCGUUCACAAGUACGGAACGGGAUCUUCGAUGAGGCAUGCCAUACGGGCCGUCGUCACCGGAGUCCGCAGCGUCGACAGGUUCACUAAGAUCAAGAACUUCCACGAAGACCUCUCUCGGCGUCACCGAUUUCCGCGAAAAGUGGACACGACGUUUGCGGGCGCGCUGUCUGAGGCCGAGCGGGCGCUGCUCUGGGCGCAGAAUCAUGGCUCAGCCGUCGAGAAGUGGCUUGACGAGAAGAUGGCCAAGUAUCCCUUCCUGUACGAGGACGUCGUUAGGGCCAUGUACUAGGGGUCUGAAGCAUCGUGUGCAUGUGCAGGAAAUAAAUGGGUGA